UAAACACUCCAGCAGAAGCUCAUACGCUUGUAGUUUGUUGAAGUCCUUGACUGCUACACUCUCUGAUUCUUGGCAUGAAUUUGGAAAUGACUUUUGAUGACCUCAAAAUGAAGCCUAGGAAGGAUCAGCCUGACCAGAAGUUAAAUGGAGAGAGAGCUAAAGGUCUUCACUUUCUUUCUUCUCGGUGGUGGUGCCCUGCUGCUGUAACUCUGGGGAUCCUUUGCAUGGGAUUAUUGGUGACCAUCAUAAUGCUGGGGAUGCAGUUAUCUCAGGUGUCUGAUCUCCUCAAACAACACCAAGCCAACCUUACACACCAGGAAAUGAUACUGGAGGGACAGAUUUUAGCUCAGCAGCAGGCAAAAAAUGCUUCUCAGAAGUCACAGGAGGAACUCAAGGAAAUGAUAGAAACCCUUGCCUUGAAGCUGGAUGAAAAAUCCAGAAAGCAGAUGGAGCUUCACCAGCAAAAUUUGGAUCUCCAAGAAGCUCUGAAGAGAGUGGAAAACUUUUCAGGUCCUUGUCCCCAAGAUUGGAUCUGGCAUGAAGAAAGCUGUUACCUAUUUCCCUCUGGACUAUUUAAUUGGGAACAGAGUCAAGAGAACUGCUUGUCUUUGGAUGCCCAAUUGCUGAAAAUUAAUAACACUGAUGAUCUGAAUUUCAUCCAGCAAGCAAUCUCCCAUUCUAGUUUCCCAUUCUGGAUGGGAUUGUCACUGAGGAAACCCAACUACGCGUGGCUCUGGGAGGAUGGUUCUCCUUUGGUGCCCCACUUGUUUAGACUCCAAGGUGCCGUUUCCCAGAUGUAUGCUUCAGGCACCUGUGCAUAUAUACAACGGGGAGCUGUUUUUGCUGAAAACUGCAUUUUAGUUGCAUACAGUAUAUGUCAGAAGAAGGCAGUUCUACUGAAAGCACUGUGAAUUUGAAGGACCUGGAUAAAAAGGUCUUUUAUUCUGGAAGUUAAGCUAUUCUUCAUCUUCACUUAUGUACAAACCAUGAGAGCCCUGAGAACUGAGGUGAUGAGCUGGCUACAGAAACUGACUGGGUUUUUUCAGAAACUAAGACUAGGAAUCCAGCUGCCUACUGCCUUUAGAUCCAGAGUUGUAGAUUCACUUUAUUUAUCAUCUAUCUAUCUAUCUAUCUAUCUAUCUAUCAUCAUCAUUGUCUGACAUUUUUCAGCUAGUGUGUCCCAAGCCUCCUUGCUAAUUUUCAAACCAUCUUCCAUUUUCUAUUUUAAAAUUUGGCUCCUCUCCAACCUUGGGAACCAUCUGCUCAAUGUUCUCUGUCUUCCCCCACCCUUCUAAUACUGCAUAGAAGACAGAACAUAGAGAACUUACCCAACUAUAGACAGAAGGCAAAAAAAGGGGAAAUGGACCUGGUAAACAGUGCCCAUGAAGGAGAACUAGAGAAAGACCGCACCAAAAUCAAGAAGCUCACAUUCUCAACUUAAAAGCCAUUGUCUUUUUAAUUUUGACCUAUUUCUAGACUCCACCAUUUAUACAUGUUCAUAUUCCCCUCAACCUUUACCACCACACACACACAUUUUGGGACAACUGUGGUGCCCCAGGAAAUAAUUAGUAAUUGCAUGGUCUUUUCCAUGUACUAAUUCACAACCCAUUAUCAGUUUCUGAAUCAGUUAUUAUUUCUUCAUCUUUUCUUCCUCCAAAGGACAGUCUAAUAGCUUUAACCCCUCAAAAUAGCAUUUGUUAGAAUCUCAGGAUAUAUGACCCAGAGGCAAAAAUAAUAGAAUUUUACCCCCCUAAAUUACAUUCUUCUCUACAACUCUCUUAUGAGAUACUAUGAGAAACAUAAAGACUAAAAAAUCAAGACACUCAAUUGUAGAACAAACUGAGCCAGAUAUGUAAAUAUUGCUGAAUAGAAACAGAUGAAAUUAGAAAUAUCUCUCCUAUUUUCAGAGCUUUCCACCCCCUACACAGGCUAUUUUCUUUAAAAGAACCUUUCCAUUUGCUAUAUAUAAUCUAUCAUCAAAUAUGUAAAUAUGUUAUAAUAUAUAUCCAGCAUCAUUAUACACAAUAUGUAUAAUGACAUCUGUAUGUUUUUUAAAUAAAGAAACUACACAAGUAUUUUGAGGGUUUUUAAAUGGGGUUAUCUAUGUACUAAUUUUUUAGUUUUGAGAUCUGUGUAUAUUUGGGACAAAAGCCCUUUAUCUGAUAUGUGACUUGAGAAUUUUGGUUGUCUGUCUCUGCCUUCUUUUCCUUCUCAAAACUGUGCACUCACAAAAGGAGAAGUUUUCAGUCUUGAUGAAGUGCACUUCCACGUUUCUGUUGUUUAAGAACUCAUUGCUUAACUCAAGGCCACAACAUUUUUCUCCUAUUUUGUUUUUCUGAAUUCAUGGUUUUAGGAUUUACACUGAAGUCUAUGACUUAUUUUAGAGUAAUUUGUGAGUUAUGUAUUGAAGUUCACUUCUUUGCUUGUGGAUAUCCAAUUGUUUUAGUAACAUUUGUUGAGAGGCAAUUCUUCUCUGCACUGCUUUUGCAUGUUUGUCAGCACUACUGUUCAUGCAUAUGUGAAUUUAUUUAAAAACUCUUUACUCUUUUAUGGAUGUAUUUAUUUUUAUACCACUUCCACCACACUAUUUUGAAUACUGAACUGUUAUAGUAAAUCUUGAAAUCACAUAGUGACAAUCCUUCUAUUUUGUUCUUUUCAAAGAAGUUGUUUUGGCUGAUUUAUUUUUUUUCUUUUUUUUUAAAUUUUUUAUUGUUGGUUGUUCAAAACAUUACAUAGUUCUUGAUAUAUCAUAUUUCACACUUUGAUUCAAGUGGGUUAUGAACUCCCAUUUUUACCCCGUAUACAAAUUGCAGAAUCACAUCAGUUACACAUCCAUUGAUUUACAUAUUGCCAUACUAGUGUCUGUUGUAUUCUGCUGCCUUUCCUGUUCUCUACUGUCCCCCCUCCCCUCCCCUCCCCUCCCCUCUUCU